AUGGAAGACGGUUCGUACCUACAAGUGCUCGAUGAGAUAGAGAAGCACAUCAGCAACUACACAUUGAACUCCACUAACGGCUCCCUCUCCCUGGAGGGACGCACACUUUACGAGGUACCAACCUUUGUGGUCGCCGUGCUAGCAGUUCUUUAUGGAUCAAUAUCAAUUAUUGCCAUUGUAGGAAAUGGUUUAGUUAUAUUCGUUAUUGCAAAGGACAAGCGAAUGCAGACUGUAACAUAUAUCUUUAUAGCCAACCUUGCUUCAGCGGACAUCAUUAUCGGGCUGUUUGCUAUUCCAUUUCAAUUUCAACCGGCUCUACAUCAGAGAUGGGACUUUCCUCACUUUAUGUGCAAGGUAGCGCCUUCGUUUAAAGACCUCUCCGUCAGUGUAAGCGUGUUUACGUUGACAAUAAUAUCGCUUGAUCGCUACGUUGCCGUGAUCUAUCCACUAAAAGCAGGAUUCACCAGGUGCCAAGCCAUUCUAAGCCUGGUUCUCAUCUGGGGAUUAGGCAUUGCAUCUAUUGUACCACAGGCGUAUUACUACUCGGUGAAGCCAGUCUACGAUCCUGUUGUCCGCGAUUUCAUGCCAUACUGCUCGCCGAGUUGGUCAAAGGACUUCGGAAAGAUUUACUACUGGGUAUUGGUUCUGGCCCAGUAUGUUUUACCUCUGAUCGCCAUCACAUUGGCCUACUCACGGAUAGCCGUUACGAUUUGGGGCACGAAGGCGCCUGGCUACAACCUCGACAGGGAACGGGACAUGGCCAGACAACGAACGAGAAGAAAGGUGGUGAAGAUGCUGAUCGUGGUUGUUCUCCUGUUUGUCAUAUGCUGGCUUCCCCUCCAGGUUUACCACAUCAUCUCAGAGAUCAGACCCCAGAUAAACGAUUACAAGUACAUCAACGUCAUUUGGUUUUGUUCCAAUUGGCUGGCCAUGAGCAAUUCCUGUUACAACCCUUUUAUCUACGGGCUUUUAAAUGAGAAAUUCAAACGAGAGUAUCACCAGCUUUUCUCCAAAUCUCGGUGCAUGGGUAGAAAGAACGGAAGCAGUAAUUCGUCCAUUUUGACGGGAAAUGACGGCUCAGAUGGAAUAAAUGGCUCAAAAAGAAUCACGCUCACAUUUAGACCGAGUAGUUUCCGGCCGUGUAAGGAAUGGGCGAGCGGGCGACAGAGGCCUAGGGUUGCCUACGCUACAUGCGUCACUGUGGACCGCCAAGUCACUGGAUUUUGA